AAGGAUAAUUUUCAAACUGUAUGUGAUUCUUUGAAACAUCAAGUGAAACAAACUCCAUCCAGAAGUCUUAGAAAAUCCGUAGCCAUAUUCCUGUGCAAAUUAAAGACUGGACUAUCUAAUCAGAUUUUAUCCAUAUUAUUUCGUACUUCAAAGUCCAGCUUAAGAAGAGCAGCUGCUUCUGUAAGAAAAGCAAUGUUGACCAGUUUUGUUCCACAGAGUCUUGGGUUUGCGCACAUAACAAGAGAGGAAGUCAUUAAUGGUCACACUCGUCACCUAGCUCAAACUCUGUUCGGGAACAUAGAGAAAAACCAGGCUAUAUUGGUGCUCGAUGGCACAUAUAUCUACACAGCCAAGAGCAACAAUUUUCAUUACCAAAGGCGCUCUUACAGUAUGCAUAAGAGAAGACCACUAGUCAAACCAAUGGUGAUUGUGACAACCACUGGAUACUUUGUAUCUAUAUUGGGCCCAUACCUAGCUGACAGUAAAAAUAAUGAUGCUUCAAUUCUCCAUCACAUCAUUAAAACAAAUGCAGAGAAUAUCCGCAGUUGGGUCAGCGAAGAUGAUAUUUUCAUCGUGGACCGAGGGUUCAGGGACGCUUUGCCUCUGCUUGCAGAUCUUGGAAUCCAGGCAGAAAUGCCGUUUUUUGGAAAAGGGGCAACGACAGAUGAGCACUGGCGAUGCCAAUAUCAGCAGACUUGUUACAAAGGUCCGAUGGGUGGUGGAAUCUUCAAAUGCGAGAAUCAAGCGUUGGAAAUACCUGGAUAAGACUCUACCAACAAAUCAGAUCCCAUUUAUCGGAGAUUACGUGAAAAUUGUAUGUGCGCUGUCUAACAGAUUUUCACCGCCCCUGAACAAAAGCACCGAGGAAGAUGAGACCGAGGCAGUAAAAAUGCUAUAUUUGUCUAAACAGGUAUUUUCAAUCACACAUAGAUUAAUAGAUUGCUAAACUUCAAACAAACUGGACAA